ACGAGAAGAAGAGAAGAGGUUUCAAAAAACAAAACGCCAGGAGAGAGAAUAGACAUAGAGAGAGAAAGAGAGAGACGCGCCCCUUCUCUGCCUGCAUUCGUCUCUCUGCUCUCAAUCUCAGAGAUCUUCAAUUUCUAGGGCUUCAGAUCCACCGCUCCCUCAGAUCUCGUUUGAUCUACUUGUUCAACCAUGGAGGCGAUCGAAGAGCUGUUGCAACUGUCGGAGUCGAUGCGCCAAGGCCAGGCUAUCCUCGCUGACGAAGACGUUGACGACACCUCAACCGCCUCCACUCGCCGCUCCUCUACUUUCCUCAACGUCGUCGCUCUCGGCAAUGUUGGUGCUGGUAAAUCAGCUGUUUUGAACAGCUUAAUUGGACAUCCUGUUUUGCCAACUGGUGAGAAUGGUGCUACUCGAGCUCCAAUCAGCAUUGAUUUACAGAGGGAUAGCUCAUUGAGCAGCAAAUCCAUAAUAUUGCAGAUUGACAAUAAAUCCCAGCAAGUUUCUGCCAGUGCUUUAAGGCAUUCUCUGCAAGAUAGACUGAGUAAGAGUUCCUCAGGCAGAAGCCGAGAUCAAAUUUACUUGAAACUACGGACAAGCACAGCCCCUCCCCUUAAAUUGAUUGAUUUACCGGGGCUUGAUCAACGGAGCGUGGAUGAGUCUAUGCUGGGUGAAUAUGCGGAGCACAAUGAUGCAAUUUUGCUGGUUAUAAUACCUGCAUCACAAGCACCUGAAGUUGCUUCCUCUAAAGCCCUUAGAGCUGUCAAGGAAUAUGAUGGAGAUGGUACAAGAACUGUUGGAGUAAUUAGUAAGAUAGACCAAGCCGCGUCAGAUCAGAAAGCACUUGCAGCAGUCCAGGCUCUGCUCUCAAAUCAGGGGCCAUCAAGAGCAUCUGAUAUUCCCUGGGUUGCUCUAAUAGGUCAAUCAGUUUCGAUAGCUUCAGCACAGUCUGGUUCCGAGAAUUCGUUGGAAAAUGCGUGGAGGGCUGAAAGUGAAAGUCUUAAAUCCAUUCUGACUGGUGCUCCUCAAAGUAAGCUAGGCAGAAUAGCACUGGUGGAUGCUUUGGCCCAGCAAAUUCGCAGUCGAAUGAAAGUCCGGCUUCCAAACCUCCUUUCUGGGUUACAAGGGAAGUCUCAAAUAGUUCAGGAUGAGUUGGUAAAGCUUGGUGCCUCCAUGGUACAGAGUGCUGAAGGUACUAGAUCUCUUGCUUUGGAGCUUUGUCGUGAAUUUGAGGAUAAGUUUCUCCUACACAUUACAUCCGGUGAGGGUUCUGGUUGGAAAAUUGUUUCAAGUUUUGAAGGAAAUUUUCCCAAUAGAAUAAAGCAACUACCAUUAGAUCGACAUUUUGAUAUCAACAAUGUGAAGAGGAUCGUGUUGGAAGCAGAUGGCUAUCAACCUUAUCUCAUAUCUCCUGAAAAAGGUUUGAGGUCAUUAAUAAAAGGUGUCUUAGAGCUUGCAAAGGAACCAUCACGUCUUUGUGUGGAUGAGGUACACCGUGUCCUGGUAGAUAUAGUGUCUGCUGCUGCAAAUGCUACUCCAGGUCUUGGAAGAUACCCUCCUUUCAAGAGGGAGGUCGUGGCCAUUGCAACUGGUGCAUUAGAUGUGUUCAAGACUGAUGCAAAGAAGAUGGUGGUUGCACUAGUUGAUAUGGAGCGCGCUUUUGUGCCUCCUCAACAUUUCAUUCGCUUGGUACAGAGGAGGAUGGAGAGGCAGCGUAGAGAGGAAGAAGUGAAAACUCGAUCCUCGAAGAAAGGACAAGAGGCAGAGCAAUCAAUAAUGAACAGGUCAAGUAGUCCUCAAACAGGGAGUCAACAAUCAGGUGGAACCCUAAAGUCGUUAAAGGAUAAAUUUAGCAAGGAGGAGAAAGAAGUCCCUGAAGCAUCUGGUUUGAAGACUGCAGGUCCUGAAGGGGAAAUAACAGCAGGGUUCCUAUAUAAAAAGAGCGUCAAAAGUAAUGAGUGGAACAAGCGAUGGUUUGUUCUCAAUGAGAAGACUGGGAAGCUUGGUUACACCAAAAAACAAGAGGAAAGGCAUUUUCGUGGUGUCAUCACUCUGGAGGAAUGUAAUGUUGAAGAGAUUGAAGAGGAAGAACCUGCUCCAUCAAAGAGUUCGAAGGAUAAGAAGGCGAAUGGGCCAGAAAAAUCACCUAGUCUGGCAUUUAAGUUUACUAGCAAGGUUCCAUACAAAACUGUUCUGAAAGCACAUAGUUCCGUUGUGUUGAAGGCUGAGACUGUCGCAGACAAGGUUGAGUGGAUAAAGAAGAUUUCAAAGGUUAUCCAACCUUCUAAAGGAGUACCAAGGGGUGCACCAGCUGAGGGUGGUCCUACAAUGCGUCAGAGUCUUUCUGAUGGUUCUCUUGAUACUAUGACUAGAAGACCUGCUGACCCGGAAGAAGAACUCCGGUGGAUGUCCCAAGAAGUUAGGGGUUAUGUCGAAGCUGUUUUGAAUAGUUUGGCUGCUAAUGUCCCUAAGGCAGUUGUUCUUUGCCAAGUCGAAAAAGCCAAGGAAGACAUGCUGAAUCAGUUAUAUAGCUCUAUCAGUGGUCAAAGCACAGCAAGGAUUGAAGAACUGCUUAUGGAGGAUGGUAAUGUAAAGCGACGAAGAGAGAAGUACCAGAAGCAGUCCUCUCUCCUCUCCAAGCUGACACGUCAACUCAGCAUUCAUGACAACCGAGCGGCUGCUGCAUCUGGCUUUUCCAACGGUGGUGGUGCAAGUGAUGGCAGCCCAAGAACUAGUAGCUCCACAGGUGAUGACUGGAGAUCUGCAUUUGAUGCUGCUGCCAAUGGUCCAGUUGACCGUUCAUUAUCUAGAUCUUCAUCCAACGGGCAUAGUCGACACUAUAGUGAUCCAGCACAGAAUGGUGAUGUGAGUGGUGGUUCAAACUCUGGCAGCCGACGUACUCCUAAUCGGUUGCCACCUCCACCACCUGGGUCUUCAGGAAGCAGAUACUUUUAGGUCUGAGACUGAUGGCAUUUGAUGAUUUAUAUUCUUGGUGGGUGAGACUGGUCAUCCCCGCUUCAUGAGUUUUCUUGUAGAAUCUUUAGAUGAAGAGAAUGGGGUGUUGUGUACAUAGAAGAUUACAUUCCUAUCAGGUUGUUACGGGAUACGGCUUUCCCGAGUUUCACAAGGAUGGAUUCAAGGCAUACUUGAAAUUAAUCAUAUAUUCCCCCAUUCAAUUUUUGUUUCUGCUUCUUAGAAUUUUAUUUCUCCACUCAUUUUUGGACACUUGUUAUAUAUAGCUCUAUUGCGCCUGUCAUUAUUUUGAUUCGGUUUGUACGAUGAAGCUCUGAUGUAUGAUUGGAUAGUCCUCUUUAGCAGGAUGGAUAUAUUACAUUUCUCAAUGUGAUGGUAUAUUUUGCAUUUCUCAGUGCCCUUG